CCGCUCCCGCUCCAGCUCUGCUCCUCGCUUACCAGUCACUCGUGAGCAGCCAGCAUUAGCAAAUGCCGCAGCUAGAUCUGGACCACGUCUUCUGCGUCGGUGCCCGCGGCCGCGGCGGGUCCGUGUGCGAGACGGCCCCGGCCUCCGCCGCCCAGCGCGGCGGCAAUGCGAGCGCGAGCGCCCGUACCGACGACGACGACGGGGACGACGCCCCGGCGGAGUCGGUGCUGAUCCCGCUGCGGGGCGGGAACGGCCUGGCCGAGCUGCUCUGCGCGGCGCUGCGGCGGGACGCGUCCACCAAGGGCAGCUCCAACCCCAAGGCGGCCGCGGAGGCGGCGGCGCGCAUGCAGGGCGCGCCGAGGGCGGAAUCGAGGAGGUUGCCAGGCACCACAGCCAGCAAAGCCGCCGCCGUCGUCAUCAUCGGCGUCCUGCCCGCCGCGGCCGGCAAGGUGGUCGCCAACGCCAAGGAGCGCCGCGGGCGCCGGCCGGCGGCCGGGGCCAGAGUCUUCGCCAGCGAGGCCGCGGGGCCGGAGCCCGUGUCCCCGAAGGUGUCCUGCUUCGGGGCCGUGCUGCCGGAGUCGCGGGGCGGCGCCGCGGCGCCGCCCGGUAAUACUAAUAAGCAAGGGGAAGGAGAGGAGCGGGGCGGGUGCUGGGCGAGCGUGGCGGCCGCGCUGCGCGGGCUAUGCCGCAACAGCGAUCCUCCUGGUGAAGGCGGCGAAUCGGGUGCGAGCGAGUCGAGUCCGAAGGCUGCCGCGGCGCCGGAGCCACCGCCUGCCGCCGUCCUCUCGCCGCCGCGGGCGGUGGCCGGGCUGGGAGACGUGAAGCGCCUCGCUUCGCGGCGGUGGACGGAGACCUUGGCCGCCGACGCCGAAGGACGGGGCUCGGUUUGAAUGUGUGCCGCGCCCGCGCUUCCAGUUCCAGAGGCUCUGCACGGGCACAGCCUUGUACUGCGUCCAAGGAGGCAAGGACCACGGUCGCCGAUGCACAGCCUACUCCUCGGACCUGCUUCUGCCCGUUCUACUGUCGCGUGUGGCUGUGUGGCUGAGCUUUGUGCUUGUUUGCAAGCUGCAUCUCGUGCCUUGUGUUCGCGUUUAUUUUCUGUAAAUGUUGGGUUUGUGUGUUGACAUUGGACUUCGGUCUUGCUCAACUAGGGAUCCUUUGGUGGAGCUGCACGUGUAUGUAAACGGGCUUCACCACUGUAGCAUCUUGGAGCUGAUUUUCUGUCCUAUGCAGAGGUUGUUUGAUUUCAAAAGCUAAA